GCCGCGGGCGCACGUGACAGGGCGGGUGCCAUGGCGGGCGCGGGGGCGGCGCGCGGCUCCCCAGAGCUGGCCGGGGCCGCGGGGCCGCCGGGCCGGGCGGAGCAGCCGCCGCCGCCGCCGAGAGCCGCCGCGAUGUCGUCCGUCGCCUCCUACGAGAGCCUGGUGCACGCCGUGUCCGGCGCCGUGGGCAGUAUGACUGCAAUGACUGUAUUUUUUCCUUUGGAUACAGCUAGGCUUAGACUUCAGGUUGAUGAAAAGCGGAAGUCAAAGACAACACCGGCUGUCCUUUUGGAAAUAAUCAAAGAGGAAGGCCUGUUGGCACCGUAUCGAGGAUGGUUCCCUGUUAUCUCCAGCCUUUGCUGCUCCAAUUUUGUUUAUUUUUAUACAUUUAAUAGUCUUAAAGCCCUCUGGGUCAAAGGUCAGCAUUCAACCACUGGAAAAGACUUGGUUCUUGGGGUUGUUGCAGGAGUAGUGAAUGUACUCUUGACCACCCCUCUCUGGGUAGUGAACACACGCCUGAAACUGCAGGGAGCAAAAUUCAGAAAUGAAGACAUUGUACCAACCAAUUACAGAGGCAUAAUAGAUGCCUUUCAUCAGAUAGUACGAGAUGAAGGAGUCUUAGCUCUGUGGAAUGGUACUUUCCCCUCCUUGCUGCUGGUCUUCAAUCCUGCCAUACAGUUUAUGUUUUAUGAAGGCUUUAAACGAAAGCUUUUGAAAAAGCAGCUGCAACUCACAUCUUUGGAUGCUUUUGUCAUUGGUGCAAUAGCCAAAGCAGUUGCCACCACCCUCACUUAUCCUCUGCAGACAGUACAGUCAAUUCUGCGGUUUGGACGUCACAGGUUGAACCCAGAGAACCGAACACUGGGCAGUCUUAGAAAUGUUCUUUACCUUCUUCAACAGAGAGUGAGGCGUUUUGGAUUAGUGGGACUCUACAAAGGCCUUGAAGCAAAGCUCCUGCAGACAGUCCUUACUGCUGCUCUUAUGUUUCUGGUGUAUGAGAAACUGACUGCAGCAACCUUCACAGUCAUGGGCUUAAAGCACUCGCGCAGACAUUAAAGAGGAACCUAUGCCAAAGAUUCUGGGCUCUAGAAAACACAUUGCAUUUCUGAGACCUGGCUGGGUAAACAAAGGGUCCUCACUUUCUCUGCUUCUCUUUUUAGCCACCUUUAUCUCCAGUAUUUGGAGAAAUCUGGAAUAUGCUCAAUGGGACCUGUUGCCAUGAAUUCAGGGAUAGCCCAUUCCCUAUUGUUCUGUGUACUCACCGUGUUAAGAAAAAAAAACAGAGACCUUAUUUAAGCACUUGACAUGAAAUUUAAACUAUUAAGUGAUUUGGUUAUUUAGUUGAUAUUCUUGGCAAGAAUGAUUAUCUCCCACUAUACUUUCUUCUUUGCCCUCAAAUUGUCCUCAACUAUUCUUGUAUCUUUAUCUUCUGUCAGCAGCUGGUGGGGGCUGGUUUUGUGUUAUUUUCCUUGACCUGUGUUUGUCACUUCUUAUUCAGUUCAUUAAAAUAAUUCAUAAAGAAUAA